AUGGACGACAAACAGUGUGGACAGACCCCCCGCCCCCCGACAGACUGUACCGCUGGCAGCCUACGGACUUCACAGCGAGAAAACAACAGUGAAACUUUCCCCAAUCAGAAGGGAGAAGUGCUCGAGGUGCUUGAAUCUUCCAAAUGCUGGUGGAAAUGUCGCAAUCGGUUCAACGAAGUGGGAUUUGUUCCUCACAACAUGCUGGAGCCCAUGGUCCAUGUGGAGAGCCCCCCGGCCAACUCCCCCAAUGUACCGGCUCUGCCCCCGGCCCCUAAGCUGGACAACAGGCUGUCUCUGAACGUGCCCAUUCCCCCUGCUCCCCCCAUGGCCCACUCCCCCUCCCCUAAGAGGCCCGUCAGCAUGCCGCCAUUCUUCUCACACAUACCUGUGGGAGACGACUCGGAGAAAGAGGGCAUGAACGAGGUGAACGAGGAGCUGCUGCAGAGGCUGACCAAUGGGAGAGCGAACCUGAACAAGCCGCUGGUGAUCCCGCGCUCCGCAGAGACAAGCGUGCCGCUGGACUUCCACUCUCCCCCGGAGGAAGUGGCAGAGUGGCUGCGAGGGAAGGGCUUCACUGACGCAACUGUGGAGUGCCUGGGCGUGUUGACAGGUGCACAGCUCUUCUCCUUGAAUAAAGAGGAGCUACGCGCUGUGAUUCCUAAAGAGGGCGCUAGAGUGUACAGCCAGCUGACUGUCCAGAAAGCACUGCUGGAGGAUGCGAGGAGAGCCACAGAGCUGGAAACAGUUAUGGAGAAACAGAAACUCAAAGUCGACCAUAAUUUAGAGAGCGGCACAUUGUGA